AUGACCAGUGAACAGAUAGAGUACUAUAAGAAAUAUGCUCCCACAAUAAUAUGUCUAGAUGCAACUCAUGGAACAAAUCAAUAUAGAUUUUAUUUGAAUACUCUCCUUGUAGUCAAUGACCAUUACAAAGGAAUACCAGCAGCCUUUUGUAUUACAAAUAGAGAUGAUGAGCUUUCCAACUAUAUUUUCUUAAAAGCUGUGAAAGAGAAAUGUUCUGACACCAAAGUUGAUUGCUUACUUACUGAUGACACUCAUUCUGCUUUUAAUGCCGCCAAAACUGUAUUCGGACAAGAUAUUAAACACUAUUUGUGUAUUUAUCAUGUUAUUACUGCAUGGGGUCGUAAACUGAAAAGUAUGUAUGGCAAAGAUACUGGCACUAAGCUUUUAAAUCAUCUGCGAUGUAUGAUCUAUACCAAAACAGAAUUAGAAUUUAAUACAUUAAGAAAUGAAUUUGAACUGUUAUGUAGAAAUGAAUUCCCUGCCUUUUACAAUUACUUUCAAAAUCAGUAUUUGCCAAGAAAAGAGAAAUGGUCUCUUCACCUCCGAAAAUUUGGACUUAGAAAUAAAAUUACCACCAAUAACCACUUAGAAAGUUUUCAUAGGACUUUAAAACAUAUUUAUUUUGAUGGAAAACAUAAUCAUAGAUUAGAUGAGCUAAUUGAAAUGUUGUUAAAGUAUGAGCAGAAGUGUUAUAUUGAACAAACUGUGUUAUCUGGCAUGAAACCUGGAUCUGAAAAAGUUGAUAAAUCGGGAAGACAUAAAAGCAGUCUUCUCUCCAUAGAUAGCGAUGUUUCUCAAAUAAAUGAAGAUACGUAUUGUGCGGAGUCGUCUGAUUCAGAUUUGUUCUAUCGCGUAAUUGUUUUACGAACUGCUUGCUCCAUACCUCCUUGCUACAUUACUUGUAACAUCAAACCAUGCAAAAAACUGUGUUCCCAUUUAUAUAGCUGUAAUUGCAAAGAUUCAAAUCCAUGUUGUAAGCAUAUACAUAAAGUGUAUUCUUUGAGAUGUUCUACAUUGUCAUGUAUUGAAACUGACCAAGACACAGAAUUGAUAAACACCGAUAUUUAUGUUGAAGAGCCUAAUAAAAAAGAAAGUAGCCACAGGGGUGAUUUUCACAGAUUUCAGUGUAACUUAGAAUUUUUAAAGAAGCAAAUGGAAAAUACACAGCUUUUUGACCGUUUCAGUACUAUCAAUAAAGCUAUAGAGUCCAUUAUUUCUGACAAUAAUGCCUUCUUGAGCAUGUCAUCAGAAACACCAAAGUUGCAAAAAAGGGAUAAACUUCCACCAAAUAAAAAAGUUGAAAAGCAGCAGAAGUAUAAAGCAACACAGAAGAAGAAAGGUAGACAAGAAAAGAAAACUCCUAUUAUGGUAAAAAAUGUAGGGGGGUCUGUAAGAGAUUAUCCACCUUUACGACUAGAACCAAGAAGUACACCUAUCCAAGAUUUAAUGCCUGAACCAGUCACAAAUUUAUUUGUACAUGAUAAUUUGGUACGCAUCCCAAACAACUUACUUGUUCCACCAUCACUAAGGUCUGCAGUGGCACAAGAUUCAAAGGGUAGACCUAUGAAAAUUGUUUUUAUUCACCCGAAAAAUGGUAGACAACAGAAAGAUGACUUUGGAGAAUCAGAACAAAUUUAA